AUGGCAUUACCGCUUGUACUUCUCGCGCUCUUUUUCCAGCGGAACUCAGCAUUUGAUUCAUCCGAAUGGUAUCCACAAAUAAAUGUCGGCAAUGUGCCGCCCAAUGGAAAACCAUACCAGAUAGUUCGCGUAAUUGAAUAUAUUGUGCCAUAUCCUUAUAAAAAAUCUAUGGAGCAACAUGCCAGAGCUCCUAGGGCUACCACCACCUCUCCUGAUAGCUUGGAAGUGAUUCCCGCUCGAAUCGAAAAUUGGUUAGCCACGGAACAGGCCACUACGAGCACAGCCAAGCCGAAAGCGACGAAGCACUUCCUGUUGAAGGUCCUCCAUGGAAACACAAUCAUCUGCAGCGGGGCUUUAAUCUCCGGCCGACUGGUCCUCACCUCCGCUCACUGCUUCGACGAGGGGCCGAAACACAAACCCCUGGCCCAGAACUACAAAAUGCAGGCCAGCCGCAGUCGCAUCUACGGUGUGGCAAACAUUAUUCCUGGACCAGACGCAGGCAUGACCGAAGACAUGGCUCUGGCGGUCCUCAAGGUGUCCGUACAGGAUGCCUAUGUCCAGCCGGUCGCACUUUGUGACACACAGCUCCGAAGACCGGACAAUGUCACCAUGUACAUGUCACAACGUCAUCUGCGUUUCCUACGCACCGAAGUCAUCACCAAUGGGGCUUGUAAGCGGAGCUAUGCCCAGGACGAAUCCGUCUUCAUCACCGCCACAAUGUUGUGCGCCAGGAACUCCAACAAAGUGGCUGACUGCCAGACCACCAAGGGGGAUCUCCUGCUGCAUAAGGACACAUUGUGCGGCAUCAAUAUAUACGGAUCACACUGCUUGGAGGGAUCGAUAAAUGGGGACCUUUAUGCUGAUGUCUUUAAAGCGAGAAAGCAACUAAAAAAACUAAUCAGGACUUAUGGAUGA